AUGCUAUUCAAACAGCAGGUGUGGCUGAGACAGAAGCUCCUCGUGCUGGGAAGCCUUGCCCUUGGGAGCCUGCUGUAUCUAGUUGCCAGAGUUGGGAGCUUGGAUAGGCUCCAGCCCAUUUGCCCUGUUGAAAGCCGAUUUGGAGGCACCCACAGUCAGGCUGAGUUCCCACUCCGAGCCCUGCAGUUUAAAAGAGGUCUGCUGCAUGAAUUCCGGAAGGGCAACUCUUCCAAGGAGCAGGUUCGCCUCCAUGACCUGGUCCAGCAGCUCCCCAAAGCCAUUAUCAUCGGGGUGCGGAAAGGGGGCACCAGGGCCCUGCUAGAGAUGUUGAACCUCCAUCCUGCAGUGGUCAAAGCUUCUCAAGAGAUCCACUUCUUUGACAAUGAUGAGAACUAUGCCAAGGGCAUUGAGUGGUACAGGAAAAAGAUGCCUUUUUCCUACCCUCAGCAAAUCACAAUUGAAAAGAGCCCGGCCUAUUUCAUCACAGAAGAGGUUCCGGAAAGGAUUUACAAAAUGAACUCAUCCAUCAAGCUGUUGAUCAUUGUCAGGGAGCCGACCACACGAGCGAUUUCUGAUUACACUCAGGUGCUAGAGGGGAAGGAGAGGAAGAACAAAACCUACUAUAAGUUUGAGAAGCUAGCCAUAGACCCUAAUACCUGCGAGGUGAACACGAAAUACAAGGCGGUUAGGACCAGCAUCUACACGAAGCAUCUAGAGCGCUGGCUGAAGUACUUUCCAAUUGAACAGUUCCACAUCGUGGAUGGAGACCGUCUCAUCACCGAGCCUCUGCCGGAACUACAGCUCGUGGAGAAGUUCUUAAACCUUCCUCCGAGGAUAAGUCAGUACAAUUUAUAUUUCAAUGCUACCAGAGGGUUUUACUGUUUGCGAUUUAACAUUAUCUUUAAUAAGUGCCUGGCGGGCAGCAAGGGGCGCAUCCAUCCAGAGGUAGACCCCUCUGUCAUUACCAAAUUGCGCAAAUUCUUUCAUCCCUUUAAUCAAAAAUUUUACCAGAUCACUGGGAGGACAUUGAACUGGCCCUAA